CACAACCUGUUUGUUUCGCUCGCUCUCGGGCUGAGCUGAGCUUCCACUGCUCCUUCCGUCUGCCGCUGGCAGGGAAUCGCUCCCUUCGUCGCCUCCCCGGCUGCCUCCAUCCAUCCAUCCAUCCAUCCAUCCAUCCAUCCAUCCAUCCAUCCAUCCAUCCAUCCAUCCAUCCAUCCAUCCAUCCAUCCAUCCAUCCAUCCAUCCAUCCAUCCAUCCAUCCAUCCAUCCAUCCAUCCAUCCAUCCAUCCAUCCCCCGCCACUCCUUGCCGCUCAUUCCUCGCCCAUUUGCACCACCGACCCCUUUGAACCCCCCACCCCGGUUUCCCGGCUCCUCGCCCCCCCUCCGUCCGUGCGCCGCUUUCCCCCUCUCUCCCCCUCUCUCCCGCGCCCGUCUGCCUCCUCGCAGCGGCAUCUCCCGGUUUCUCCCCGCCGGCCCUCCCGCAGGGGCUUCUCCGCGGGGGCCCCACCAUGGCGCUGCUGAGCUCCCCCACCGAGACCGAGUGCCUGGCCAAGCCGCUGUUCUGCCGGAAGGGGGCGCUGCGCCAGAAGGUCAUCCACGAGGUGAAGAGCCACAAGUUCGCCGCCCGCUUCUUCAAGCAGCCCACCUUCUGCAGCCACUGCACGGACUUCAUCUGGGGGAUUGGAAAACAGGGCCUUCAGUGUUUAGUAUGCAGCUUUGUCUUACACAAGAGAUGCCACGAAUUUGUCACCUUUGAGUGUCCAGGAGCUGGGAAAGGACCGCAGACAGAUGAUCCCCGGAGCAAGCAUAAGUUCAAGAUCCACAGUUACAGCAGCCCGACCUUUUGCGAUCACUGUGGCUCACUCCUCUACGGGCUGGUGCACCAGGGCAUGAAAUGUACCUGCUGCGAGAUGAACGUGCACAAGCGCUGUGUCCACUGCGUGCCCAGCCUGUGUGGUGUGGACCACACGGAACGUCGGGGGCGCCUGAAACUCAACAUCGAGACGUUCGGGAGCGACGAGAUCCGCGUGACUAUUGGCGAAGCACUGAACUUGAUCCCAAUGGAUCCCAAUGGCCUCUCUGAUCCCUACGUGAAACUCAAGCUGAUCCCCGACCCGAAGAAUUUCACAAAGCAGAAAACCCGGACCGUUCGAUCUACCCUCAAUCCGGAGUGGAAUGAAACUUUUACUUUCAACCUGCAACCGGGGGACAUGGAGCGGCGUCUCUCCAUCGAGGUGUGGGACUGGGACCGGACGACCCGCAACGAUUUCAUGGGAGCCAUGUCCUUUGGGGUCUCCGAGCUUUUCAAGGGCCCUCUGGAAGGCUGGUACAAAUUGCUCAAUCAGGAGGAGGGCGAAUAUUAUAGUGUCCCCGUGGCUGACGCAGAAAACUGUGGGCUGCUGCAGAAAUUCGAGGCCUGCAACUUCCCUCUGGAGCUAUAUGAGAAGGUUUGCCACGGCCCCAUCUCGCCGUCCCCGAGCCCAACGGACUCCAAGCGGGGCAACUUCUUUGGCACCAACCGCUUCCACAUGUCAGACUUCAACUUUCUCAUGGUGUUGGGCAAAGGAAGCUUUGGCAAGGUGAUGCUGGCGGAGCGACGUGGAACAGAGGAGCUGUUUGCCAUCAAGAUCCUCAAGAAAGAUGUGAUCAUCCAGGACGACGACGUGGAAUGUACCAUGGUGGAAAAGCGGGUCUUAGCCAUGGGGGAGCGCCCUCAUUUCCUCACCCAGCUGCAUUCCACUUUCCAAACUGCGGACCGGCUCUAUUUCGUGAUGGAGUAUGUCAACGGAGGAGACCUCAUGUACCACAUCCAGCAGGUUGGGAAAUUCAAGGAACCUCAUGCGAUGUUUUAUGCUGCUGAAAUUGCAAUUGGACUGUUCUUUUUGCAUAACAAGGGAAUUAUUUAUAGAGAUUUGAAACUGGACAAUGUAAUGCUGGAUGCUGACGGUCACAUAAAGAUCACAGAUUUCGGGAUGUGCAAAGAAAAUAUCUUUCCUGGUGUUACCACUCGGACCUUUUGCGGAACACCUGACUACAUUGCUCCGGAGAUUAUUGCCUACCAGCCUUAUGGGAAAUCGGUGGAUUGGUGGUCAUUUGGUGUCCUCCUUUAUGAGAUGCUGGCUGGGCAGCCGCCAUUUGAUGGAGAAGAUGAGGACGAACUGUUCCAGUCCAUCAUGGAACACACGGUGUCCUACCCCAAGUCUCUUUCACGAGAGGCUGUUUCCAUGUGCAAAGGGUUCUUAACCAAGCAUCCGCUGAAGCGCCUGGGAUCCGGGCCUGAGGGGGAGCGGGAUAUCCGAGAGCACGGCUUUUUCCGCUGGAUGGACUGGGAGAGACUGGAAAAUCUGGAAAUUGCCCCACCGUUCAUCCCCAGGCCAUGUGGCCGGAGCGGGGAAAAUUUCGACAAGUUCUUCACUCGAGCGCCGCCGGCUCUGACGCCUCCAGACCAGCUGGUCCUUGCCAGCAUUGACCAGAGCGAAUUUCAGGGGUUCACCUACAUGAACCCUGAAUUUGUACACCCGUCCACACUGCGGAGGGGGAGCCUGUCCCCCACUAACUUGCCCCUCUCUCCCACAGGGAUUCUCCCUUCCCCUACUUCCCUAGUGUGACUCCAUUCACUUUAAUAACCUUUGACCCUAACACAGCCCUCAGCCAAACCUUGCCCAUAGAUCUCUGCUCUCGUGAGCAUGACUCCGACCCUAACCAAGACCCUUGAAAACAUUUUAUUACCACCUCCUCCAAGUGUGCUGCUUUCAUCCUCCUUUCAUCCAUGAGGUGAAACUAAAUCAGCAGAGAUAAGAAAAACAGGUAGCUUAUAUAAGAGACAGGUGAAUUAGGAAUAUUAGACUUUCCCCUUUUUGAACCUCCCCAAGUUUAACUGAGAGUUGUGUUCACACAAGCAGGCCGAAUUGUGCCAUCAAUAUAGCGGGUAUUUAGGAGUGGAGCCCCAUGGCACAGAGGGGUAAGCUGGAUAGGACUUCUCCAUAUUGCCCCUUGCCACUUCGACAAGAUGGAGUUCCUUGCGCCUAUCGGAGGAGCUGAAAGCUACGGAAGUGUCUUCCUCUAGAUCCUGAGUUUAACUAACCUCUGUCCUCCUUUGCUAUUUGGGGAUGACCUCGCUGUCCCUUCCUUUCUUAAAGGUAGAAUUUUUACAUUAUUUCAGUUUGGCUGUUUCCCGCUCCGUCUGUUGAGUGUGACAUACCAGCAGGGUGUGAGGUGAUGAAACCAAAAUCGUUAGCAUAACCAGGAACUUGAGUGCUUCUGAGCUUGUUGCCUCCUUCCUUCAAUUCCUCCUCCUUUCUUCCAGCAACUAGUUUCCAGGUGAGUUCCUGAGAAUGCAGAGUGUAGCCACGAUAACUAAAAUAUUGGGGUGAAUUCCUGGGGGGAGCGCAUUUCUCCACACAAGCUAUGGAGAACAGACCUAAAUGUGGUUGCAACCAUUUCUGGGACUGAAGGCCCUGGGCAAAGAGACAUGAGGAAGAAAGGGGGUAAGGGGGUGUUCUAAUAUUUCAGCCCACCAACCAGAGAAGAGACAGGACUUAGUAUAUCAGCCAAGCACCCACUCACAGUAUUCCAGAUGUUUGAAAGUGAGAGGUAUGGAAGUCUACCCUUUCUUAUUAUCAGCCAUGACCCAGUGUGGAAACAUUUUUUUGUGUGGGAUUAAAACAUUAGAGUUGCGAACGUAUGUUAACUGAGUUUGAGCAGCCGCUCUUUGAAAGCGGUUUUUCCAUAGGAGAAAAUACCAGGAAAUAUCCCAACCAAGCCUCUAAAAACUGGCCAUUCCAAUAAUUCCCUGUAAUCCUUUCAACCGCAGAUCCUUUUCCCAGACCCUAAACCUACAAUAAGGUGCAGCCUCAUGGCGUUUUCCUGUCCAUGUGCUAUAGUGUAAGAACAAAACCCUAAACAUGAUAUACCUAUCCACAACUCCUUUUCCUGACUAUACAUGAGGUAAGCUUGUCCCCAUAAAACUCCUACAUAAAGCUAAAUUAUCCCUCUUUUUCCCAUGAUGCCUCACUUCACUGACUUCACCCCUGCUCAAGUCCCAUUACAGACACCCUGGAUUGUUUUCUCUAAGAUGGCCUCCCUUCGCACACCAUCUCACCUGUUGGGAAUAAAACUGUGGAAAGAAGCAACGAUGACGGUGGAGGUGGCACCAGACACUGAGGAGAAAAUAUUUCCCUCCUUCUGUCACAAAGCAUGUCCGAAUGCAACCUUCCCCCCCCCCCUCUUUGGUGCAUGGACUAUUAUAUGAAUACUAUACAUUUAUUUAUUUACUACUGAGAUAUAUGUAUCUUCCAAAAUCUCUGUUAUCCUAAACCGGCGUCCAUCAACCUGCAUUUGUUCCCCUCACGUGUACCUGGCGAUCUCUUUCCAGCUUUAAAACUGAGGUGUGGUAAACUGAAGAUAGCUCAUUCAGCCCCCGACCCCUCCCUCCUUGUCCUCCAGAGCUGUUCUUAAAUGACCAGAGUCUAUAUAAGCUGAGUCAUGAUUUUUUUAAACCUUUCCUUAGUGACACGAGAGUUUUUGUGCGACGUAAAGCUUGGUCAGAGGCAGGCAAUGGUAAACCACCUCUGAACAUCUCUUGCCUUGAAAACUUUAUGAGCUGACUGAGUCUUGCUGGCGCUUUCCACCAUAAAGUUUGGUAUGUACUGCCUGAGGGAAAAAUCCAUCCAUCUCAAGUUCUUUAAGGGCUGCUUCCACAUAGUGAGGAUUCUCCAGUUGCUCACAGAAAUGGUGAAAACCCGGAGGCAUCUGCACCGGCAACGGGUCUCCCCCAUGGGAAUUUCCUGCUGCUACCCCGUUGGAGCCCCCAUCUCUUUGCUUUGCCACCGGGUUUUUUAAACAUCUCUAAUUGUUGUAAUGUUUACCGUUAGAGGCCCCUUCCGCACGUGCAGAAUAAUGCGCUUUCAAUCCACUUUCA